UAUUCGACUCAGAUAGGGAAACAGCUAAAAAUGGUGGAGUCUGCAAUCAUACUGUAUGCGUGGUGGUGGACAUUUACUAUUUAUCUUUGGAUAAAUACCCGUAAGCACGGGAGACAUGACACGUGGCUCGUUGGUCUAGGGGUAUGAUUCUCGCUUCGGGUGCGAGAGGUCCCGGGUUCAAAUCCCGGACGAGCCCAGAGUUUUUUAGCAUUAAAAUAAAUAUUGGCUUGUUUUUUAUUUUUACACACACACAAUUAGUGCCACGCCGAGCGCAAUAUGUUUCAAAUCCCUAUUUUAAUCAUGAUCGCGUUGGUGACGAUAAACGCCCGAAGGACGGUACGUCAUGUCUUCAUAGCCGUGCAAAUCAUUUAUUUAGAGCAGCAGUCUUAACAUCUUCAGCUAUGACAAAAAUGAAAAACACGAGUAGUGUAAACAGGGUAAGAUAGAUAAAAGUGCGCAUGUCAUCUAUGGCUCGUUGGUCUAGGGGUAUGAUUCUCGCUUUGGGUGCGAGAGGUCCCGGGUUCAAAUCCCGGACGAGCCCAAGGUUUUUCUUUUUUUUUUGCUUGCUUCAAAUCCAUUGACUUCUGCAUUUUUGCAUGUAUCAUUUCUAAGCCAGUUAUCUCUAACAGCCAUCCCUUCCACCUGCCUCUCAGCAAACACAGGAACAAAGACGGAAGCGAGCUCAGCUUCCCCAGCUGUUGCUGGGAGGGUCUUGGGCGGUGACAGACGUCUCUGUCCCGCCUCCGGCCGCGCGCUCUCUUAACAGGGGGCAGACUCGCCGGUCCUUAGAAAACACUGGAUGGACUGCAGACAGACAAAGCUUUUUGAUAAAAAAUAAAGUAGUCUGAGAACCCGAACUAGAAGGAUUUUACUCGUCUCGGCCGUGAAGGGAGUCUGGGACCUUCUGCAUCUCCUCAGAAACAUUAACCCCUCGUAUCCAGCUGGACCAUGGUUCUGUGUGAGGACAGCGACUGCAGCGUCUGCUUCUUCCCGUACUCCCGCAUGGACAGGAUCCCUCGGGUGCUUCACUGCAGACAUACCUUCUGUGAACUGUGUCUGGAGGCCAUGCAGCAGCUCAGGAGCGGCUACCUGAUGGUGUCCUGCCCGCUGUGCCGCCAGGUCACCUGCAUUGACCGCGGCCUCAGCCUGCAGGAAGCUCUGUGGGUGGACAGCGAGCAGUGGGAGCAGAUAGCAGAAGAUAAGGGCGCAGAGGCAGGAGAGGAUGAAGAAGCGCUCAGACUGGAAGGAGACGAACCGGAGACCAAGCAGCGCCUCUCAUUACAGAUGGAAUGCGUUUCUUCCAGGUUGAGGAGGAAGAAGCUCCGGCUGCCCACUUUUUUCAGGAAGUUUAGCUUGACGAAGCAGCAUCAGGAAAGCAUCGUUCCCGGCAGCAACGUGGAAAUGAAAUCCUGGCGCCGGCUCUCUACAGAUUUUUAGGAAGGACAUUUCAAGUCAGAGAAAAAUGAAAGCAGAGUCCGUUGAAGGAUGGAGGAUUCAUCUGUCAAGACUUUGUUUUGUCUUGAGACGAAAGGUCCUCCCAGCUGGAGCUGUGGGAUUGAGUUCAGCUGUCCCACAGGGGCUGACACCCCAACAGAUGGCCACUGCCCAACUCUGAGCGAGCAGAGUUUCUUUAUUUAUGAGCAGAUCGAUACAGAUUUUUUUUAUUUAAUUUAUUUCCCUUCUCGACUGUCAUCUGAAAGAAUCCUGAACUCCAAGCAGAGACACUCGCCCGCUUAUUGUUCUGAGUGUUCUUCUGUUGAAAUAAAAAGUGAAUAUGAGAAUGUGAAUAUUAAACGACAAAACCCCUGCCACAAAAGACUCACCCACCCAUGAAAGUGGAUUAUAAUCUCCUUUCACGCAGCAUCUGUCUGCAUGUUUGAUGACAUCAGAAAACUGGAUCCUCACUUUCAUGGAGACCUUUGCAGACAAAGAAGACGAGAGGGAAACGCGCUUUGGUGAAAACAGGCCGCGUCAGCAUAAUCCUGUUAGCUCAUGGUUGUUGUUUGGCCGACCUGCAGGUUGCACACACGAAGCCUGCAGAGAAGCAGCCGUUGAACGGUUUCAGUUUUGCAAUGUGUCUGCAGGCGGAUCACUGGGAUCAUGGAGCUGGGAGCACCUCCCUGCAUGACUCAGCAGCGGAGGAGGCCGUCUGCAACCUGCUGAUGUGUACAGGGUUGCUGGGAUAAAACAAAACAUUCACAAACAUUGGUCCAACUUUCAUUAGAGUCCCAUUGCUGGCAACUGUAAACACUAGAGCACAUGUGUCAAAGUCAAGGCCCGGCGGCCGGAUCCAGCAAGCUCCACUGAAGUCCGGUGAAGUCUACUGAACCAGAGAACCGCUGCGCUGCGACAGGACAAAACGCUCGUAUUUUACCCGCUGACCGGGUCACCAAAAAUAUCACGUGCCCAAGAGUUCUGAGAGCCACAGCCUGAAGCCACAUAAGAAAGGUCACAUCAUGGAGCUGUGAGGUCUGUGAUGUUCCUCUAUCAGCAGAAAUAAAUGUGGCCCAAAGGAA